UGCUAUAGGAUUUAAAUUUGACACGGUGUUUAAUAGCUGACUUAAACGGUGCAUUAUAAUUAAUGGUUGAUUGUACGCUUUGUACAGAAUUCUUUGGAUGUAUUUUAUUAAAAAUGUUAUUCCAUCGUAGUUUGACUUUUUCAAUCUUUCAGAAAUUGAACGCGAACUUUGCAAUAAAAAGUAAAAAUAAGGAUACUUUAAAACGGUAUUUUUUAAAUGAAAAUUAUCAUCUGCAUUUUCACGUCCUUUACGCGCUUCAUUACGCACAGAUAGCUGCGUUGCAUACAUCGAAAUUGCGGAACACGAAGAUAAAAACGGACCAAAAAAUUUCCAUUGAAGAUUACGUUUUCAUGCCUGUUAAUUAUACAACCAUUUCACCGCGAUUCCCUUCCCUUUACCAUCUAUUCCCCUUUUCCCUUAAAGGAGCAUCAGAAGCUAAUUUCAGACAGUUUCAAACCCCAAGCGAACUCGAAAAUAAAACCGCGAAAAGUUACCGACAGCUUUCGCAUUUCCCCUCGGAACAACCUCGGUAUACCUAUCCUGCACAGUUCCUCAAAUAAAGUCACAGAGGGUCUUUGUCCUCGAUUCAAUUAUCAAGUGUCGCUGACAAUGCGACUCGCUACAAUGUGUCCGCUUCUUCGACGACGGAAUCAAUGAGCUAUUCAUCGGCGGAUAAAAAAAAACACGCGAAAUAAAAAUAAACAGGACUAAAAAUAAAAAGAAAGGCGAAAGAGAAGUCAAAAGUGCCAAUAAAGUUUCCGCAGGAAGUUUUUCCUCGUUUGAGCAACCGAGUCAUCGCGUUUUCCCGUCGACGCGCAAUAAUCCACGGGCAUAUUAACCGAGUCGUAGUUAAAAAAUCACGUCGUGUCUCUUCUCUCUCUCUCUCUCUCUCUCUCUCUCUCCCCCACUUUCUCUUUUUUAUCCGUUCUUCCUUUUCAAAGUGGUCCAUCGGAGGAGGACGAGGUGUACACGGAACAGGAGAUCUACGCAUAUUGCGUGAUCCACCAACAGAAAUUCUCAGCGAUGGUGUGUGUACAGCGUGUACCAUCCGGUGUAGGUGUGCUCUAUGGGGGAUGGAACGCCUGCGCGGGGUGAAAUGUACCCUAUAUAAGGAAGCGGCCGCGUACACAGCCGGUAUUCAGAUUUGGCGAACCGCGUUGGAAGGACACUGUGACAAAGUUUACGAAAUGGGUCUGACCGGAAACCACCUUGUCAGCCUCUUGCUCUACAUCUUCGUCGUCAACGAGAUCCGCCUUCCUUUGGUGACAUGCCAGGAUGAAGAUAACACUCAAUGCAUGCCAAAAGCAGCCUUCCUGGCUCUGUUGCGUCAUCCGGAAGCCAGCUCGAAUUUAGCCGCCUAUUCUAGAGCAGCGAGAAUAACUCAGGAUGCAAAAAGUCGUAACGACAUGGCGCAUCUGAGAGCUUUAACCGAAGAGGCUGACGACACGGAGAUCUGCGUACCUGGUCGCGUUUAUUUGCAACUAUUGAAGGAUCCGAUCAUGCGUGGCGAUCUCAGUAUUAUUCUCAAUGGAAGAACACAGAAGUUACCGGAUCUCCUAGGACGUUUGCUCGACGAUAGCGACGAGAUGGAUGCGAGGGAGUUCCUGCCUGAAUCUCAGAAAAGAAGCCUCGCAACGUUGGCCAAAAACGAUGAUCUACCGAUUAGUAUCCAGGAUCGUAUUGCCGAAAACGAAGAUGACGAAGAAAAGAGGGCUGCAAUUUCCAGGUACAAUCGUAUUAACGAGCAAUCAGGACAAAACGACGCAGGAAUCUCCCGUGAUUAUCUCCUCUCUGGUGGUCGUUCAGAUUUGCAAGCCUUCGUACGAGACUUCCAGAUGGAAAAACGAAAUGUCGGCGCAUUAGCUCGGGAUUUCGCGUUGCCACCUGGUAGACGUAAUAUCGCGUCCCUGGUUCGUGACUACGACCAGAGCAAGAGUAACAACCGGGAAUCUACUUUGCCUUAUAAUGGAAAAAGGAACGUCGCUUCCUUGGCGAGAACGUUCACUCUACCUCAAAACGGGAAAAGGAACGUGGCAUCCGUAGCCAGAGACUACGGACUCCCUUAUGGGAAAAGAUACGUCGGUUCCUUGGCCAGAACAGGCGAUUUUCCCGCUAGAAACCAGAGAAGCGUCGCUUCUUUGGCGAAAAAUUCCGCUUGGCCAGUUUCAUUGAAGAGAGGAAUUUUCUUGCCCGGAAGCGUGAUCCUGAGAGCUCUUUCCCGCCAUGGUAGAUCGAUGGUGGACGAAACGAAUGCGAGAAACGACCUGUUAGAUCUUCAGGAGCUGAGUAACCUGGAACAAAGUGAGAGAAACGAUUACGAGACUGCGGAGGAAAAGUUGAACGAUUCCUUGACGAAAAUCGAUUCGAACAUUAGGAGACCCAAGAGACAGAUCGGCUUCUCCGAUGAGUAUCCUCUGCCUGUUAUGCAAAAUACGAACGGUUUUGAUUACGAAGAGAUGAUGGAGGCGCUCAGUGGACAGUACCCGAACGCAGAGAAGAGGUUCAUGGAAACAGGUUCUGCACCGGAGAUGCAGCCAGAGGUAGACCAGUUCGGCUACCCGGAAACGUUUCAAGCGAGUAAAAGACACAUCGGGGCCCUGGCACGUCUUGGUUGGCUUCCAUCUUUGAGGGUCGCGCGAUUUUCGCGCUCACUUCGGUAUCCGAAUGGCAGGGAGAAUCCCGCAGAUGGGCCCCCGUCCGACUACUCCGCCAACUCGUCGACAAGGUCGCUAAGACCUAACUUCAAAUCAAGGAAAUACUCCGUUCAAGCCUUGCAUGGGGAUUGUCGACACGGCUUCAAAAGGUUUCUCGUCUUACCGACUACGGAUAAUUAUUUCCAUGAAAAACUUCCUUACUCGUUGCGAUCCAAAUCGUCAUAAACACUCUCGUUUUUACUUAUAUAUCACACGAUAAAUAUCGAUGAAUUAGUCAUUCUGUUCAUACUUUUGCUCGUACAUCUCUGGAAUUGAAUAACGAUUAUGAAUACGUAAAUACUUUGAGAAACGAGAUUUAUUUUCGAUGAAUUUUCGAUAUUUAUCUGUAACUGGUACGAGAUUAUUUGCUGGUAACUUUUCUCUUGAUUUCAAGUUAUCUGGCACUGGUAAAUGUCUUUUCGAAUCAUCGCGUUUAGCAAGUAAAAGUAUACGGGGCGCGUUAUUGCUUGUUUUCAACGAACUACUGAAUGAAAAUCAUUUCUAAAGAUUCAGGGAAAUAAGUAGAUUUAAUUCUCAACUGGUAUCGAAUCGUAAAUGAAUUUGCAUUAAGUUAUUUAACUUUUAUUCUAUGUUACUUUUCAUGUAAGAGGUAGAAUAUAAGAUAGUCUAAAAUUAAACAAUCUAGCGGAAUCUGUUGCGAUUACUUACGAUCCAAAUAUAUCGGUUGAGAUUAAACGAUGGAAGCUCAAACUUGUGGAAACUUGCAGAACUAUUAUAUGCGAUGGAUGACUGGUACCGUAUUUAUUAUUACGGUAUGCUACAUUUAAAAGCUUUUUCGUGUUUCAAACGGCUAUCAAAUGUUUAACUAGCUCGAAGUAUUGACUAACUAUUACAGUAUUGUUAAUUUUCACUAGCAACAGAAGAUUUUAUAAAGUGAAUUAUUUACGCUUCCUAUCGACGUAUAGUCAGACACGUACUGUUUUAUAUAUAUAUAUACAUGUAACGACUUUAUAUACUGUAUUUAAUUUAGUGCUUACUAACUUAAUACUCUAAGCGUACGUUUAAGGGAAAAUAGCAGUCAAUACGAGGUAAAAUUCAGAGCGACGUUCAAUUCUUUACGAAACGUUGCUAAUAGAUUAGCAAACACCAAUUAUUGCAGUAAUUUAUAUCACAUUCGAUCAUGUAGCUUUAUUAGUUUAGUAUUUUAUAGUCUACAAAGAAAUUAUGUUUACACAGAACGAAUGGCCCCUUCUUGUAUCGCAGCACAAAUACUUAUCAUUUGCAGGAAUUUUAUUUACUUUCUGAGUAAUGUUAACGGCGUGCAAGUAUAAUUAUCAGAAAUAUUAGAAAAUUGUACGUUGCUCGAAUAAUGUUUACCUAAUCUCAAGUCUCUACUUUUGUAUUAAUUUCUCACGCUGUUUACGUUAGAUUAAACAUAUCACGUGUACCUUUUAAUGUCUCCUGCGACUUCUAUUAACGUUAAGAAACUUUCUCAGAAAUAUUUUUCUCCAAAAUUAACGUAAUUAGACGAUAACCAGCGACAAUAACGUUAUAUUAAGAAUAAUAAUCUUAAUGUCUGAUCUGAUUCGCGAAGCUACCUUACUUAUCGUUAGAUACAUCUGUUUUGCAACGUAAAAUAUGUCUUAAAUGCAAAUGUCUUAAUAAUAUUUAGGAUUCCUUUUAAAUUAUUUACUAAAUUGCUCGCAAUUCUAUCUGAAACUUUUCGCAUACUGUUUUCCUUUUUUAACGAGCAGUUUUAUUACAACAUUAGUUUUUAUUAUUUACGUUCAAUGCAUUUACUUUGAAAAUACAGAUGUAUUCGUAUGGUAGUAGGUAAAACGAACAAUCAGAUAGAAUUACUCGAUGGUCUGAAGCAUUUCCGUAUCCGAAAGGAUUUCAUCGUUCGAUUGAGAGAUGUUCACCGAGCAAGUUGGAGAUUUUUUUAGAAGUUUUCAUUCGAUAUUUCUACAGCCACGGUUCACGAUCGCAAAUAGAAGAAAACAUGCAGGAAGCCGUGACGCGAUCUUCGACGUAUAACAGUAGUCGGUGUAAAUCUUAUAGCGCUGAGAGCUUGCAGGCUCGAUAGUAAUAACGCAAAAUUCAGCUUUCUUUUUGUUCAUGAUACAUGUUUCAGUACUUAUCGAUAGAUCAUUGUGUAAUACGUGUAUGUUAAAUGUAAAAGCGCGGUCUCUGGAAGAAUUGUGGUAAUUACAAGUCGAUCGAUAUCAACGAUUUAUCACUAAUGCGGAUAGCGUGUAUCGUUGUUCGAUCGCCUUCGAUUUUAUGAGAAUGUAUCAAUGUGUUUGUCUAGACAAUAACGAGUAAACGAGAUGACAAUAAAACGAUAAUAAUAAACGAUGAAAUAAAGAUCUUGUUUGUCGUAUCAUCAA